CGGAGAACUGGCAGCAUGGCUUCUGUGGUGCUGAGUGAAGCAGAGAAGAUCUACGUUUUACAUGGUGUUCAGGAUGACCUACGUACAGAUGGCCGAGGGUGUGAAGACUACCGAUGCAUUGAGGUGGAGACUGAUGUUGUGUCAAACACCACCGGAUCUGCACGAGUGAAGAUUGGCCACACAGAUGUUCUUGUUGGAGUUAAAGCAGAAAUGGGGACACCAAAGCUGGAACGGCCUGGAGAAGGUUACCUGGAAUUCUUUGUUGACUGUUCUGCUAAUGCCACUCCAGAGUUCGAAGGGCGAGGGGGAGAGGAGCUGGGUGCAGAAAUCGCGUUCAUGCUGUAUAAAAUAUUUGAUAAUCGAAGCAGCAUUGAUCUUGAAUCACUUUGCAUCCAAGAACGUGAGCAUUGCUGGGUCCUCUACGUUGAUGUUUUGCUUUUGGAGUGUGGUGGAAACCUCUUUGACACAAUCUCAGUUGCCGUAAAGGCAGCUCUGUUUAAUGCAAGAAUACCUAAAGUGCGAAUAUUGGAAGAUGAUGAAGGUGGGAAAGACUUCGAACUGUCAGAUGAUCCCUAUGACUGUGUGCGACUGAAUGUUGUUAAUGUUCCCUGCAUUGUAACACUGAGUAGGAUAGGCCAUCGACAUGUUGUAGAUGCCACAUUACAGGAAGAAGCCUGUUCUGUGGCCAGUCUCCUCAUUGCAGUGACCAGCAAAGGUAUCCUGACUUGCAUGAGGAAAAUAGGGAAAGGCAGUCUUGAUCCUGAGAGCAUCUUUGAAAUGAUCGAGACAGGGAAACGUGUUGCUAAAUCAUUACAUACAUCUCUACAGAGUGCAUUAAAUCAAGAAGAAAGCUUAGGAAAAAAGCGCCAAAAGAUUGGAUUUUUGCGAUAAGUUUAACUGAAGAUCUCAGUUGCAAUAAAGUGUUUUUUUUGUUUU